AUGAGUAUCGUUGUGCAGAAAAAAAUACGGAGCUACCUUGCCAUUAAGGACGAUCUCCACAAGAAGUAUGUCACCAUCACCCAGAAACAGGUAGACACGGACCUACGCCAGGGUUUGAUGGAUCUUUACGAGUUUGACCAGUUGUGUUACUCGUACUAUGCAUUGAAGUCGUACUACGACCUCUCGAAGUCGCGCUGGGACCUGGAUUACCGUAAUCUUCUCGAUGACCUAUCGUCGUUACACCUUCGAAUUGAAGACAAGAUUCCUGUGGCAGAGUUGUAUCUGGAGCUCCCAGAACUUUCCGUACUUCGACGGGAAUUCAGAGAGAACGCUAGGGAGGGCGGAAAGGUGGCAUACCUGAUAGUGUCGCUGUCUGUUGACAUGAGUGUCUUGAAAGAGAUUUUGGGGGUGGAUAUCCAGAAAUCUACAACUGGAACGCCAUUAGAGGAGAACAACAAAAGGGAUUCAGGUAAAUUGGCUAUGCAUGCUUCUGUUGCAGAACUGUCGACAGGUUACUCAUCGCAGUCGUCUCAGGUUUCUGCUCCUCAACCUUUGGUUUCUCAUCCUAAGUCAUCCCAAUCUGUUGUGUCCCAUUCAAUUCAAUCAGCGGUAUCCCAUUCAACUCAACCAUUGAUAUCCCAUUCAGCUCAACCAGUGGUAUCUCAUUCAACUCAACCAUACCAACCUGUGGUGUCUCCUCCAUCACAUUUCGUGACAUCCCAGCAUCUGAAACCUCAACCCGUGGUAUCGCAACAUCUGACAGUUCCAUCUACACCUUAUCAGCUUGCUGGAUCUGGUGCUCCCAGUGCUUUCGAAAAUCAUCGAUCUCCCGGUUAUCACGCUUUCCAGUUUCAACUGCCUCAGUCGCUUAACGAUCAGCGAAGCCAUGCUUACGGUGCCUCAGGGCACAAUGUUCCACCAUCUGCUUCUCAUGCUCCUACAAGUUUUUCUCCACCAUCGCAGACUGUACUUCAACAAGUGAACACUAAACUUUCACAUUCUAAUCCAGCAGUUGCUAGUUCCAGUUUCAAUGCUUCAAAAAGACCAUCAACAUCGGAGGAUAUCGUUGUGAAGAAAAGGAAAAAUGAGGACGAUGACUUCGGUGCGUUUGGUACAUGGACUAGAGAGCAUAACUAUUGCAUCUUCAAGGCUGUAAUGGAUGACCCACUUCGCACGUCUCAAUCAAUUUAUCUGGCCAUUUACAAGCAAUUUGGCAUCACACUCUCUCAGCGAGCCAUUGCAACAUUAGAGCUGCACUACGGGUACUCUGACAGAACACAAGAUAAGUACCAAUACUACAUUCAGGCGUUCCAUCUGGUAGCCUCCCAGUUCCAUGAUAAUCCGAACUACGUGACUGUUCCAUGGGCUGAUAUUCGCUUGCAAUUUGCCAGAAAGACUGGAUUGACACUCGCAGACUGGGAGGUACGUGGCCGUUACCUGCUAUUCUUGCUUCAUCGCAAAGUAUAUGGUGCCAACGGUGAGCCACCUUCAAAUUACAGCGACUUGGUUGAAGAGUGGAAGAAGCUGCUAAAUCUUCGCAACCUGUCGCCUAACCUAAGAGCCAGUCCACCAGCCACGCAGCAACAAGCAGGAUUAGAAUUCCAGGCGGGAAACACUUCGAUUUCUGUCGAAGAUGAAGAGCAGUUGUGGACACCACUUUACGUGGAUGCACUUAUUGAAGCACACAGCAAGCUUCCUCUAAAUUUAAUGAACCGCAUGUUGGUGAUAAAACACUACAUUAAGCUCAAGACGAACAAGGAAUUUGAUGUGAAGGAGAUCGAGAGCAGACUGAGAUGGAGAGAUGUGGAGCUCGGAGUGUCUAAGUUAUUACGCCAAAGGGAAAAAGAGAUUAAGGAAGUACAGAUGAGUGCCAGCGCCGCCAAUCGGAUAUCAAGUGCUGGAACUUCGUUGCAGACAGACUCAAGAAACCCGCAAGUUAAUUUGGGUCAUACUGUUCACCCUACAUCAGCAAAGCAGACCGCUUCCGGAGCUACCACUCAACUCUCUAAACCUUCUAGUGAAUCGUCCACUAACGCUCCUGCCAGUGUUCCCGCAGAAACCAACGCCACUGCUGCAAAUAUUCCUGCAAGCACCCCUAAUCAUCUUGCUAAAGCUCCAGUUGCAUCACAACAGACUUCAAGUGACGGAUCGGGCCAGUUUGACCAGUUGCUCACUCGCAUCGAAAAACUGACAAAGCCAGAUUGGUAUUAUAAGGCAAAGUUCAAGCCUUCUAUUUACACAGACUUCUGGGAUUACGAGAAGUGUAAAUGUGUUUAUGUAACCGUUGAAUUCUUUGCCGGUGUUCCAGCGGACACUCCUGAUCUCACAUUGAGAGUGGCACGGUCAAACUUGAAGAAAAUGACACGAUUGAGACUACUUCGUGGAUUCAAAAUCAAAGUGCUGGAGAAUUUGGUAGAGAACAAGCUCAUGAACAUGAUGGAACAUGAUGUUUUUACUCCCGCCAUGAUCAAGGUGACCAAGAAUGCCAUUUAA